AUGACUGCUUACAACGUCAACAACUAUAAUGCCGACAAGGCUACCCUUGAUGAGCACACCAGUCAUGAGGAACAGCAACCUCCUGCUUAUACCCCAUCACACACUGGCCUCACCCCCAGCUCUACCUUUGAUGCCAAUGUGGCCGCUCCCGACUUCAAUGCUCCCGCCGGCCCUGCUCCUCAGAAGCCGAGCUCCUUUGGCCAAAAGUUCCACUCCAUCACCAGCAAGGCUGGAUGGCCCUUGAACAAGGCGGCCAAUGUGAUCGGUGCCGAGGGAUGGUGGCCAACAAGCAUGCAGAAGGAGUGCGGCAAGGCUGCUCGUAUUCUUCACUCUUUUACCAGUAUGUCAUCGACUUUUGUUGAAAACUCUCAAACGGGGACAUCUCUAAUGCCCGACUCUGCAGGCCUUGGAGUUCCUCAGCCCCCCAAGGUUAAUGGUCCUAUGCACCCUACUGGCAUUACCAAGAAGUCAAUGGUCAAGAUCCCCGAAGCCGUCUUGAGAAACUGCGCUGGUCUCGCCAUCUUCAACGUCAUCCGUGCUGGUGCUUUCCACGGCUCUCUUGCUGCCGGCUCCGGUGUUGUCGUCGCUCGCCGCCCCGACGGUACCUGGUCUCCUCCUUCAUCCUUUGUCGUUUCCACCGUUGGAGCCGGUUUCAUGCUCGGUCUCGACAUCUACGACUGCGUUUGCGUCCUCAACACCCCUGCCCAGGUCGAUGCCUUCACCAACCCACGCGUCUCUCUUGGUGGUGAUGCCUCGAUUGCCAUGGGUCCCAUUGGCACUGGCGCCAGUGUUGACGCUGCCAUCUCCAAGACUGCCCGCCCCAUGUGGAGCUACAUGAAGAGCCGUGGUCUUUGGGCUGGUGUUCAGAUUGAUGGAACUAUCAUUGUUAGCCGUGCUGAUGCUAACUCCGUCUUCUACAAUGAGCGAGGAAUCUCUGCCAAGAAGAUCCUUCGCGGCGAUGUCGCCUGGCCCAUGGGUGCUAAGCCUCUCUUUGAGGUUCUCAAGGCUAUUGAAGGCCGCCCCGACUUUGACCAGACUGUUGUUCAAGAGGUUGGCCGCAUGCCUUCUCCUGGUGAUACUGUUCUCGAUGAACAGCGCCAGCCCUCUGUUGCCGAGUACGAGCACAACCAGGAUGAGUCUAUCCUAGAUGAGAAGGAGAGACUUAAGCGAGCUGGUUUCUAA